AUGUUUGGUGCUGAUGUAGCGGGAGGUAGAGGCUUCUACCUCAAAGUUGAUGGUGUCCGACUUAAUCAAGCAUUGAUCAACUUUGGCCUGGAAUUCUUGGAGAAAAGAGGGUACACGGCCUUGCAGACACCCUUUUUUAUGAGAAAAGAUGCCAUGGCAAAGUGUGCCCAGUUAGCACAAUUUGAUGAAGAGCUUUACAAGCUAGGGAUGGGCCAACUGGCAUUAAGAGUCAUGUAUCUACUAGCUGGGGUCAUGGAUGAGGUGGUAAUGGCAUGA